AUGGUGGACAUGGUUUUCCUUAGGGUCUUGCCAUGGAAAAAGGUUCUGAGGUUCAGUCGUAAGGGUAAGCUGAGCUUUCGGUUUAUUGGGCCAUACCAAAUUUUGAAGCGAGUAAGGCCAGUCGCAUAUCAGUUAGAGCUACCUCCAGAUUUGGAUCGUGUUCAUGAUAUUUUCCAUGUCUCAAUGUUGAGAUGUUACUGCUCUGAUCCUACACACAUUGUGCCUAUGGAGAAGAUUAAGGUUAGGUCAAAUCUGAUGUUCGAGAAGGAGCCAGUUCAGAUUUUGGAUCACGACGUUAAGAUUCUGCAUAGGAAAUCUAUACCUUUGGUGAAGGUGCUGUGGAGGAAUCAUAGCACUGAAGAGGCUACUUGGGAGCCAGAGGAUUCAAUACGAUAG